AUGAAACGCUUCCGCCGGACGCCACGUCGACUGGUCGUCGUCGUCUGUCUGCGGUCGCCCGAGUGGGCCCUCGUGGCUGCCGCUCGCUAUUAUAGCGCGGGCGCCUGUGAACAACCGGCCCCGACGCUGGUCACCUUGCGACGAGACGCACGCAAUGCGUCGAGUGCUGAGGUCGUGUACCCGAAUUGCACCGUCGUGAGCAUCAGUGCGACGGCCAGUGGGGGCACGACGGCCGUCGACGCCACGAAGCUGAAGGUCGAAGCAGUCGCGAGUUUCCCAGACGUGAAGACGAUUUUCUUGUCGGGGAAUGAGGUCACAGUGAUUUACGAAGACGCUGACGUGGCCGUCGAGACGCUCGACUUGUCCAUGAACGAGCUCAGUGGUUUGGACACUUUGUCCAUCCCAAGCUCCGUGACGAAUCUCGUUCUCGAUGGCAACUCAAUCAUUAGUCUUGACCACGGCCAGGUCCCUGAUACUGUGACGUCGCUGUCGCUACGAAACAACGGCAUCGUCCAUCUAGACGCCUUCACGUUUGGUGAUACAUUACAGCGACUGGACACGAGCGAAAACACGAUUCGCAAUCUUUCGACGUGGGAAAUGCCGUCUCGACUGGAGGUGUAUACGUGCGAACACUGCAACAUCGAAGCAAUCUCUGGUGUCACGCUGCCUUCGUCAGGUUCACUCACUUCCCUCGACUUGAAAGGCAGUACGGUAGAGUCCAUCGAGAUAGCCCACUCUACCAUGCCAUUGAUCACAGGACUGGAGACGCUGCAAGUGACAGUCGCAAGUUCCAAUUGCAGUAAUCCCAUGGCCACAAAGCAAGAAGUGCAGUCGGUGCCUAUUUGCGUGCUGCCGGACGCAGUGUACAACAGCAAAUAUGUCCUCUCUGCAUACGCGGGCGACUCGGGUAGCGCUUCUCACCUGCUAUACAAUAGCGACCAGUAUUCUGACUCCCCUGAGGCAUUGAAUUGGAUGCUUGUGGCCAUGAUUUCAGGCGCAGCUUUGCUACUUGUGGUCAUCGGAGGCGCCAUCGGUUAUCUCGUGUUUCGCCAUCGCCGUUCGAAUGAGAAAUUCCGAGACUACACAGCCGACCGCGGUUGUGGUUUCCAGUCUGAAGCUGAUAUCAGAACGAACAUCACGACUGGCAACACUUUCUUCGAGCGGACGUUGAACACAGGGGUGGCGGAGACCGACGAGCAUUUGCGACGAGACGAGACAAUAGUCAGCAGCAAGUAUCGAGAAGCGGCUUGCACCCUGGCUUCUUCCACUACAUCAGCAGCCACGGUUUCUGACCGGCAUCUCGAUAACGACAUUCGCACUGAUCAGAAUAUGCGGCACUUUCGUCUGAUGCACGACGAAGUGGUGCGUGGUAAACUCAUUGCAAAGGGCGGCUACGGAGCCGUUCAUAAGGCUAUUUUCCGUGGCAAAAUCGUCGUUACGAAGCAAUUGCUGCCAGAGCGAGCUCGUGAUCCACGAAUGCUUAACGACUUUAUGGACGAAAUCCGGACGUGUGCUUCUCUGGGCCACCCUAAGAUUGUAACGUUCAUCGGCUUCACGUUCACCUCGCUCAUCGAUUUGUCCGUCGUGUUUGAAUACAUGCCAAAUGGUGACCUCGCAACACUCUUGCAGCAACAGUUGAAGCGCGAGGCUCGCGACCUGACGGCUCGUGAAUCGUACGGCUGGUUCCACACCACACCGUCAAGCAGAGGAGGCCGCAAAUGCAAGUCCAUUAUUGCUCUCGAUGUUGCGGAAGCUCUCGUGUACCUGCACUCUUUCGAAAACCCGAUGAUCCACCGAGACCUAAAGCCCAACAACAUUCUCCUCAGCGAUACGUGGGAAGCCAAGUUGACGGACUUUGGUGUGAGUCGCGAGCUUCGAGAGGAUCAGACCAUGACAGCUGAGAUUGGGACUAUAUCCUGGAUUGCGCCAGAGGUGCUGCGUGGUGAACGGUACACGGAAAAAGCAGACGUGUACUCGUUUGGUGUGAUAAUGACCGAGCUAGACACAUGUCGGCGGCCGUACUCUGAGGGCGUCCCGAGCGAUGAUAGUCGUGGCGGAAAGACGAAGCACACGAACGCUCGUAUUGCUGUGCUAGUGAGUGCCGGUUCGUUGAGGCCAUCUUUGAGUCCUGAAUGUCCUACGCGAGUCCGGGCUCUCAUUGACAGGUGUCUUGAUGGGAAUCCGCUGGAUCGACCGUCAGCGUUGCAGCUGCACUUUGAGCUGCGCAACCUCGAGCUUGCACCGGACGACUUGGCGACCACGGGUCGACUGGCAAGUCGAGCCAUGUCAGUUCCUAGAAGUAGAUGUGAACCACAAUUUCGAAGGACAAGUCGACAGAAGCAUUCAUCGCGAUCCGAGUCGCAGGUUGUGCUGAUUGAAGACGACGAUAUUGCUUUGUUGUCAAACGAGGGGCGGGAUCAUGUGCGAAAUCUCGUGCGAUGA